AUGGAUCUUCGUAUUCUCAUAGACCCUGACGAGAACAGCGAUUCUGGUUUGAGCAGCCCCUGCUCAUGGAUCAGUACGCCUCCUAGCUCUCCACAAAGGGCCGAGUCAAUCGUGACAACUCCUGGAAACUCUCAUCAUGAAUCUCCCAAGAGAAACCUCAGUGAAACUCAAAUAGAGCGACUUUCUCUAAGUAUUCGAACAAAACCUCACCAGAAUGCGAAUCUUCAAACAGAAGACGACAGACUUGCAGAAAUCAAACGACGAAGAAAUGUCUUCUUUGCUUCUGUUAGACAUGUCCUUCUUCAGCUCCUAGGGAACACUACCUUUUUUGAUCAAUUGGACAAUUCAAGCCAAUUUGCUACUGCCAAGGCUUGUCCUUAUAAAGCACUAGCAGCUCAACCUAGAGGAAUUCGGGGUAUUUUGAAGCCGUAUCAGCUUGAAGGAGUGUCCUGGCUGCUCUGCCUCAGAAAUAACGGUAUUGGCGGAAUCCUGGCCGAUGACAUGGGUCUAGGAAAGACACUACAGACAAUUUCUCUCUUUCAAUAUCUGUCAGAGAAUGAGGCUAUUAGGAGCCACAGAUUUUUGGUAGUAUGCCCUUUGAGCGUGAUUGACACCUGGAUUUCAGAAGUUUCGAAGUGGACUACUGGCCUGACUGCCCUUUCUUACCACGGAAACACCGAGGAGCGCCAGAGAAUACGGAAGCGCUUCUCAAGCAAAGAGAGCCAUGUUGACAUUUUAGUCACAUCGUACGAAACACUACAUACUGACAUAUCAUGGCUUCGAAGAAUGGUAUGGAGCUACGUAGCCCUAGAUGAAGGGCAUCGUAUCAAGAAUGUUCAGUCCAAAAGAGCUCGCAACAUUCAUAAAAUUAGAUCGGAGUACAAGCUAGUGCUCACAGGAACGCCAGUACAAAACAACCUCACCGAGCUGUGGUCUAUCCUGCAUUGGCUUUAUCCAGAUGUUUUUGUACCUCAAACUAUGGAUCUAUUUGAAGAUGCAUUCUCCUUGAAUGAAGGAAAAUUUGACACCAAAUUUCUGGAUCAUACAAAGCAGUUCUUGAAACACAUUAUGCUCCGAAGGACUAAGGAAUCUCGGGAAAUUAGCCUCAACAUUCCACCCAAGGAGGAGACCAUCCUAUCCGUGCCACUGACGGAUCUGCAGCUUUCCUGGUAUUGGAAGAUACUUACUGGAGUCGACAAGUCACUUAUUGUGGACGAUUCCACAGAUCCCCAGUCACAGCCCACAAUCAGCCCCCCAGGAUUUAUCGACCUUACCACGGGUGAGUGGGAAACAGACGGCCUUGGUGUGAAAAAGAGAAGCAGGAUCACUACAAAUAUACUAAUGGAAUUACGCAAGUGUUCCAUACAUCCGUAUCUUCUAGAAGACGCUUUUCCCGCGAACUACGAACUUGGACACCACAUAAUUGAAAAUUCAGGAAAAUUCAUCGUGCUACAGAAGAUGAUCCGUCAAUUUGUUAUAGUAGAGAGGAAGAAGGUUAUCGUCUUUUCCGGAUUUGAUCGAGCGCUGAGUCUCUGCGAAGACCUUCUUGAGCUUGAAAAAGCCAAAAUGCAAUUCAAGCAUGUCCGUCUGGACGGGAGUACGCCCAGUGCCUGGCGCAAUCUCUCAGUGUUUUUGUUUCAGAAUAACCCAAGUUACAUGGUUUUCCUGCUGUCAAUCAGAGCGGGGGGUGAAGGGCUCAACCUUGUGAGCGCCUCGACGGUCAUUUUCCUAGAUGAAGACUGGAAUCCCCAGGUGAUGAAACAGGCUGAGUCGAGAGUUCAUCGUCUCGGCCAGACAACACCGGUUAACGUCUUUCGUCUUCAUGCUAAAGGAACGGUCGAAGAGCAAAUGCGGCAUCGCUUGUCAAAAAAGGCCUAUCUGGCUGCAAAGGUUGUGGACGAUGCUCAAAGCAUUGGUGCUUAUACUCCUGUCAAGAUGCAAUUUCCACAAAACAUCUCGUUGGUCCCUAGCUCUGACAUCGUUUCUGAUGACCUGGACUUCGGAACGCUUGGUGAUUCAGACCUCGACAUUAUCUUACGUUCGUGUGCGAUUGACCAAGCGGCUAUACCAGAAAUAUCACAAUCUGAGCAGAAUGCCUGGCUCGCACGCUCUGAACGUGUCAAGACGGAUAUCUUCAAUGGUGAGAAGGUUGACACUAGUACCAGGUCAUACUCAACCUACCAAGAAACUAUUCUUGAUGUUUCCAAGGCAGAUAGACGAAUUGGAAAAUCGAGGACAGUCAUAAUUGAUGGAUAUGAGGUUGCUAAAGAAAACAUCGAAAGGAGGCCAGUGCUCGUAAGUUCGAAACCUGAGGUCGAUAAGAGGAAUACCAUGGUCCACCAGACAACCUGCUUCAUUUGUAAGGGAUCCAGUCCCAACAAAUGCGAAAUUUGUCCACGUGCUUUUCACAUUCAAUGUCUUGGGGCGAAUCAGGUCCGGCAUUCAAUGAAGGCUGGCCACAUAUUAUGUCCCCACCAUCAGUGCUAUCAAUGUGGAAAAUCAGCUUCUAUGGCUGGACAGCUUCUUUUCAGUUGUCUGGACUGUGAAUUUGCAUUCUGUGAGAAAUGUCUCGACUGGGAUCGUACAAUCUUUGUUGGCGAGAACCUUGUGGCAGAAGCACUAGGAUACUCGCCUAGGAACGCAUUCUUCGUCAAGUGUUUUUUCUGCACGACCGAGUUACGGAAACACCGCAUUGAGCUGAGUUCGCCCAGCCAUAGGAAGCGCACAAGACGUAUUUGUUGA